GUUAGCGCUCUUAAAACCACCAUGUCGUCUCUUACGUGUUUAAACCGGAAAAGGAAGUUGAAAGGAAGGGUCUCGCAAAGCAACGCUGUAAUCGAGAAUCGACGAGAUUAGAGAUGGAGAAACGAAAGAUACAUACUGUCAAACUAAAACAAACAUGAAUUCCUUUGACAUUAUGUAGCGUAGUGCUUCUGUAUUGGUACUGUGGAAUAACACGCGGUUGAAAAUUGAAGCAUAAUGACAGAAAUGAUGGAAGAUUUGACUCUGAAAGAGAUGGAUCCUGAGAAGGAAACGCUGUUCUUCCAGUUCGAUGCCUCCUCUGUACCAGAUGAGAUGGCAGAGGUGAUGAAAUCAAUCAAGGAGUUGGCAGAAAGCAUGUUGUUUCACUGGAAGACUUUUCCUAUAAUCCUGCCUUCGUCUAUUACGGAAAUAGUUGAGGAAACUGCUGUACCUUCUGCAGAAGGGGAAAAGGAGGAAAAAGAAAGCAAACAUAGGGGGAAGAUCAACUUUAAUGACUUGUUCAAAGCGCCAACAUUUGAUGAACUAGACCAGGUGGCCAUUAAUUCGGCAGGCGUACUGAAGAAACUAACUGAUAGACAGCUACAAGAUGUCUGGAAUUAUGGACAAUUUGAGGUGGACAGUAUCAACUUCCCUGGACAAGUACACAAGUGGAGACUGACCCGCCUGUUACAAAAAGGUUCCCUGACCGCACAGGACUCACUGCUGAAUGAUAUGGCUUUAGUGUUGCGGCUGCUGAUCAUCACCGCCCGUAACAGAUUUGUCUCGCACUUCUUCAGUGUGUCCAACUCUUUCAGGGGUCUAGGUUUAGGCUUUAUGAAGAUCUUAGAUAUCCUGAUUGGCGUUCCCUCCACAACCUCCGGUGACCUAGAUGGUAAGAUCCAAGACGAACACAUGAGGUACUUGGUGGCAGAACUGGACAUCAAGCCUCAUUGCAAGAAAGAUUUUCAGACAUUUUGUACCUAUGUAAAGGAAAAAUGUGAACAGCUACAAGCUGACAGCUCAAAGGGUACCCCCAUCCGACCUCCGCCUAUACCAUACUGUUAUCAGACUCCAAGCGGCCUUGAUAUUGACUUGCGGCUGUUCAACAAAGACUUAAUCAACAACUGCUUGCCGAUCCUCAGUAGUAUACUUGACCGAGGAUCGAGGGGAUGGCACGUGCAAUAUAGACUGAAGCUGAUUCGCGAGUUACAGGGUAAAGGAUUAACAAAUGGAGAAAUCUCCAAGAGAGUCAAUGCUUCCAUCAUGGAUGAGUAUCUAGACCGCGUAUUUACUGCAAUAUGUAGCAACACGGAACUGGAAAAUUUACAACAGGGUAUAGGAAAACUGCUGGUGGCUCAAGCUAAGACUGUGAUAGCUAUGAAGAAAGCUGUCAACAAUGUCCAGGUGAAAAUGCUCAAACAUAAGGAAAAGCUUAUUUCCCACCUGAAGUCUGGAUACAGGGUGAAAUCUCGGAUCGAACCAUGGAUGAACGAACAGAUCCGAGCUUUUGAGACGGAGUUUGUGGAACAAAACCUCUGGUCUGCCCAUGAGGAGGCUAUCAGUAUUUGUGAGGACGGAGGACUCAAACAAGCUGUCUACUUUCUCAAACGUGACCUCAAUUUCCUCAAGCAGAGAGAAGCAGUCCUUAUUAAGGAACUGGGAAAAGUGAGACAUCCCAGAAGGAAGUUUACGUUUGCCACACGGAUCUGGCUUCCACAGAACUACAUCGUGAUGAAGAAGGUCGGAAAUCAACAGGAAAGAAUUCCAACUGUGGUCUUGGACGAGGAAAGUCCACCAAACCGUUCCUUGACGCUGAGUGAGGGAGAGAGGACUGUUAGUUACACAGUGGAGAAGUUACAUCAUCGUGUCACCUCCUCGCGCUACCCGUUUUGGCGAUGGUGGAACUACCUUCAUCGUACAUGGUCCUGGACGUGGAAUGCCAUUUUCCUUCUUGGGGUAGUGAUACCGUGGUGCAGCCCCGUAAGCUUGAGGGCUCUGUUCGGCAUCAAACCUUUUAAACCGGACACUACGCUAAGUCAGGAAAAUGGAAAGCUGUACCGCAAUGCUCGCUCCAUCACGCAGACUCUCUGUUCUCGUCUCAGUCAGCUUUGGAUAAAUGUCUGGGAAUCAAGGAAAAAGUUUGAGGACACCCCAGAUCAAGGCUUCCUAGGAAAGAGCUUCACACGUCACGUGAACCGUUUCUGGAAUUACGUCCUGAAGGGGGCGUGCGGAACAGUAAUACUAGUCCUUUUUUUCCCGGCUUGCUGUGUGGUAGCGUCCACUGCCUCGCUGACCGCUGCCAUCACGACUCCUCUGUGGAUGCCAGCUGUUACCCUAUUUGUCCAUUUGAGUUUCAUCCUCGUGUUUGAUUGUGACUGCCCAGAUGAAAGCAAUCGAUUGUUCCUGCUUUUCGAAGCCUUAGUUGGAAGGAUUUUUCUUCAGGGACUUGUCCAGCCGAUAGCCGCACUGCUAACAGGAGGUGUUUUUUGUCCACUGGCUGCCUUAGGGGUGUCUGUCUUCGGUGGGCUGAGGCGGACAGGGCGUGGAGCAUGGGACACAGUCAUGUAUUUCACGGUUGUGAAGAGCCGGGGAAGAGUCCCAUCUAAGGACAGCUUCAUGGCUCGUAGGAUCGCAGGGCCUGGACUAGCCUCAAACUACUUCUUCCAGAUCCAGACCGAGCAAGCACUUGCAGCACUGGAGGCACGCAUGGAACUAGACGAGCUGGAAGCCUGGAAGUCACAUGUCACAAAAGUCAUAGAUCUGCCGAAGGAAAAGUUCAGUUUGUUUGUGGAGCAAUGUUUCAAGCCUUUCUCGGCCGAUAUCGUCCAGGAGGGUGUAUACAAACGUCUUUGCGCCGAGACCAGCCAGUAUCUCACCGACCUUACCAUGAAGGUCAAAAAUCGUGAGAAGAACCUGAACACUGGCCUCCAUCCUGACAUACAGAGGCGCAUCAAGUUACCUGAAAGGGAGCUGAAGCUCUCUAUUUUGAAUGCUGGUAAAAUGUUGGAGAAGUUUUACACCGAGCGUGUCUUUCCGAAACUUUUGAUGCCUGAGGUGGAAUUCUGGGAAGGAAAAGGGUUGGAAUAUCGAGAUUGGAGAGGACUUGCUAGCAAGAAAUUUAUAGAGAUCUUCUCCAAGACCUUCCUAAUCCCAUUGGAGGAUACAGAUAACCAUUUUGAACUUGAGGUAAAUCAUAUCAACAUGGAGAGAUACAUCAAGAUGGUUGCUUCGGGAGACUUCCACGAUGACCUUGACCUUGUGACAGAGAUUCACACACCUUCUGGUGAAGUGAGUGCCAAGGCUCCUCAGAUGGAUCUUCAUUUCUUCGACCCUAGCCAGGUGAUUCUUCAGACAACAAGAUACCACACACCAAGGUCAAGAUCCAAACCAUGGAAACCAGUUUGGAAGGAACUUCAGUUUGACAAACUACAGAUUCCGUUACCAAUCCCUCAUCCCGUUGUGAUAGCUGUGCUCAUAUACAACAGAGACCAUGACCAGAACCCUAUUGCUUAUGAGGAUGUGUACUGCCAGCGGAUCCUUCGGGCCACGAAAGAGGUGAAGGCCCAUGCAGAAUGACGUUCCCAGGGGUAUCAUUUGUAUACUGUUCUGCACUCUACGGUAUAAUUGGUUUCUUUAGCUCGAAUUUUAAUGUGCUGUACGUAACGCACUAUCUCUGCACUUUCUAAUUCUUCUUCAGAUUGUAUAGUUUUCAUUAACCAAGAACCCUGUCAUUUUUUACAAUAGAUAGCUUUGAAACCUUAGUAUACUGUCAUCAUUUGUCUAGAAGAAUAUUGGCAUAAUAAAGAAAUUUGAUUAUAUAUCAGCAUAACAUUGUUAAAAUAAAUAAAUAAAUAAAUUAAAAAUGAUGUUUGGAAAAAUUAUUUUGGGAGAGGGAAAAUUUAUAAAGAAUUGACCCUUGACAGAAAGUGUCAGUAAAAAGAAUUAAUGUCAUUGGAACAAGGGGCAGUAUAUAGAGGUUUUACUUUUCAAGUUAUGUGAACUUUACAGAAGCUUAAGCAGAUGUUUCUGAUUAAGGGGAAUUUAAUUAAAGUGUUAGUAUGAUCUGAGCACUUUACAGAUCACGUCAAGAUGUUUAUAUGAAAAUAUUUCUUGAUGAAAAAUAUCUUAAAUUAUCAAAUCUUUAACCACUUUGGAACUGCUUUGACAGAGUAGAAAAAAAACGGACAAUUUACUUGAGGAAUUAUUUUCUCAAAUUAAAUCUUCGUUAUACAAAUUAUCAUAUUUACUUCUUCAGAAAGUAUUUUAAACAGUGUCUGCAUGUGGUUGAAUUGUAUUAUUAACACCAUUUAAAUUAAAAUUUACACAUUAAGAUGGACAUAUUCAAAUAUGACAUAUUUUCCUGCUGAGAGAAAUAAACUUUGGUGGUAACCACUGUACAAAUUUGAAACCAUAAUUUUCAAAGUACUUUUACCAUGACAGGUAAAUAAUAUGUUUGGACCUUGACAUUUCAGUUUAGAUAUUUUCCCCCAUGUGACAAAGUCAACAAAAUUUUUAGUGUGUAAUUGAAUUUUAAUUAUUAUAAUUUUUUGUUUGAAAUUGCUCAAGAAUUUAAAAUGAUGUUUUAAGGAGGUGAUCGAGAUAAUAUUUGUGACUUGUGUGGUAAAAGCUAUGUUAAAAUGUUAUUUUGCUUGUUCAAGAGUAGGAAAAGAACACCCAAAGAGGUACUUUUGACAAGAAAUUCUGUAUGAUAGAGUUAUCUCCCCUUGUUUAUUUUGUGGUUUUUUUUUUUUAGUAAUGUUUUCAUUGUAUUGUUGGUUGCAUUAUUUCUUUUUCGAGGUGUCUUAACAUUUCUGGAAUAUUGUUUAUGUAUGUGAUUUUUCUUUCUUUUUUCUUUUUUUUUCUUUCAAUUUAAAUGUAUGUAUCAAGUUCCGAGUUGAAUAGAUGACAAAAAUUUGAUCAAGUUUACAUAACAUUUUAAAAUUUAUAUAUUUAGUAAUUUUCUAGAUGUACCUUAAAAUAAUUAGCGGAGUCAUUCAUUUAUGAUGUGCAAAUCUGAUAACUAGUCACACAGCAAGCUUGACUCAAUUGUACAAUAUACAAAUUACAGUCGGUAAUCCUAGUCUGACUGUGAAAUACCAGGCCGUUUAUUACAAAAGAAAAUGCAUAAUCAAACAAUUAUACAAAUGUCAGAGAUUUUUAGAGUCAAGACAUUUAUUUUAUUGUGUUUCCAGUGAUGUACAUACUGGAAAUACAACAAAGCGUCACAAAUUGACUUGAUUGUGUCUUUCCCUGGAUGAACCAACCGAAUAGCAAUAAAGUUCACCCUAUCUUGUCAUUUAAAAGAAGAAUGUGAAACAUGUUGUUAUGUGAGUUAUAUAUUCAAUAUAAAACAAGAGACACCGAAACAUCUUCUUUGGUAAAAAUGUCAGCAUCUUACUGAUCACAAUCUGAGAAGAUUUAUCAUUUCAAUGUGUGGCUGCAUUGAUCAUGAUUUUCUAAUUUUAAGCAUAAUAUUCUAGUUUUAUUUUCCAUCUGAUGAAAACACUUUAAAAUGACUGAAUAAACCAAAAAAUGACUAUAAAAAACAAAAAAAAAUUGACUAAAUAGCAAAAUUGACUAAUUACUAAUGGGAUGUUAUAUGAAUGAAUUUAAUUGUUUUAAUCACAUUUUGAAUCUCUUUAAAAAAAAUUGACCCUAAUGAGCUAUCUAUCAGCUUAACCAUGGCCAUUCAGUUUCUUAAGGGUGUUCUGCUAUCAUAAGAUACAUGUAUAGGAUUUGAAUCACUAUAUGUUUAAAUAGUAUAUUACAGUAUCAAUAUUGUUAGUACAGAAUUUGAUACCAUACAAAUAUAACCAUUGUGUUUUGUAGUAGUGAAUUUUUUUCUGAAAAUCUGUUACAAUUUCAAGUCUUCAAAUUCUAUAGGUUAAGUGCCAAUUUUAAUUUUAAUUUGACAAUAGCUUGUAUGUCGUUAUACAUUAGUGCCUGCUUUCUUGCUGUAAAUUGAGGUCACACUAUAAAAAUUAUUUUUACUAUACACAAGAAAUAUAUACUGAUACAUGUAGUUAUUCCUUGAAGGCUUUUUGCACAAACAAGUUUAGUAUUGAGCAAGCUGCAUUAGAAAUUGAUAGCGUUCCACAGCAUGUGCUAGUUAUAUCACCAUCUUCACAGUUUAAAUAUAUAUAAUGUAUUCUUAUUGUUUUUUGUGGUUGCACUUUGGGUCCUAUUUGCAUGCAUGUAUUCUUGUCCUGUAGACCUAUUUGCAGGUUUCUCUCAGACCAGAAUUUCAAAUGUACAUUAUCUGAUCAAGGGGACAUAACUCUUGUUCCUUGCCUCUUCUUACAAAGGGACAUAACUCUGUUCCUCUUGAAUUUUCUUGAAAUCUUGCUCCUGUAUAAAAUGUACUUAAAAUUUAUGAUGUUUUUGUUAACUUCUCUAUGCAAUUAAUUUAAUUUGAACAUAAAACACACGUUUUGAAUUCUGCUUGUUUUAGAAUUAUUAAUCAAAGAUGGAUAGAAUAGUAUAUAGAAUGGAAUUUUUUUAAAUACAGUUGAAUUCAUUAUCUCGAACUCGGACAACGCAAACUCAAAUCUCAGUUCUUACAGCAAAAAUUCUAUAUAGAAUAUACUUUGUUACCUCAAAAAUGUGGGAAAUAAUGAAGUUUUUAUGACCUUUACUGACUUCAAGGUGACAAGGUUCCACUGUAAUUUCAAAUCAUUCUAUUUUAUGCAUUCAUUUUGGGUGACUUAACUAAAUGAAAAACCAAGAUCUCUCUUCAGUUGAUUUUAAAUUGUGGGCUUUGUGUGUGAAUAUUAAAUCUGAUUAUCAACACAGAAAAUUAACAUCCAUUUCUAUAA